AUGAUACAAAUAGAAGAAAUAAGAUCAAAGAUUGUGCCUAUCAGUAAAGGAGAUGAAUCCAUAAAUGUCAGAACCGAUAGAAUCGAUGAUAAAAGGGAUAAAAAUUGGAUAUUCAAGAAUUGCCAAGAACCUGAUAACAGGAUGAUUGAUAUUGCAAAUUGUCACCAAGAUGGAGCAGUGAUAAUGAUAGAAGCACUACUAGCUGUGAUUACACAAAUAGAUGCUAUGAUGAAAGAUGAUAAUGCAAAGAAAGAGGAUGUAAAGAGAAAGAUAACUGUUAAUAAAAGUGAAAGGGAGGAAUGUUUGAA